UUUAUUAACGAGCAGGUGUUUCAGGACAGAAACAACUCUCUUUCAACUGAGUGUCAACUUUUUUUUACGCCGUGUUAAUGAAUUUUUUUUUAUUUGUAUUUAUCUUAUCUAGUAGUCAGUGGACUACAGGCUAAAAGACGACGAUAAGCCAGACACAGAGGACUAAACCAGCAUUAGGUUGUAGAUGUUUUGAUGGAUUUUUGCCCAUUAAACACUUCGACUUGCUUUUAAAAUAAUUUAUUUACAUUAUUAACCCUUCAAAAAGCUUAGUCCGUGGUCUUAGAUCUAGAAGUAGAUCAUUAGUUUUUAUUCAACGCGAUCGUGUUGGACCUGCUGGUAAUGAAUAAUGCGUUGCCCGAUGCGCUGGCAUUUUAUGUGUUUAUUGUGGACUCUUCUGAAUGGAAAGCAGUCGAUAAACCAGUCUUGCUUAUACGGUCAGUACCUGAUGAACGUGGUGUUGCUGGAAGACGGCGUGUCCCCCUGGAGUAUGAACUUCGUGAAACCAGCGGUAAUGAAAGCCAUUGAAAUGGACGCGGAAAUCAAUUACAGCAAUGAUGUGACUCGCAAUCUGACUGCUACCUACAAUGGGUUUCAAACUGUUUAUUACCGAAAUAAAGGCUGCAGCAGCAGCGCCUGUGAGGGAGUAGAGAUCCUGAUAGAUUUGACGAACUCAGGAAUGGUUGGCUGUGCUCUGCUGGGACCAUCCUGUACCUAUGCAACUUUCCAACUGGUGGAUACUGAUGUUGGUCUAGACGUCAAUAUGCCCAUCAUCUCAGCUGGGAGCUUUGGCCUGUCCUGUGACUACAAGGCUAACCUCACUCGCCUCCUGCCUCCAGCUCGAAAGGUCUCCAAUUUCUUUAUCAACUUCUGGAGAUUCUCUGAUGAUAUUAAGCCUCCAUGGAAUAAUACAUACCUCUACAAAAAAAACAAUAACACAGAGGACUGCUUUUGGUACAUGAAUGCCCUAGAGGUUGCCUCAGGCUCCUUUGCUUCCAGCAUUGAGAAGAGAGUGGUGCUUCGAAAAGAGGAAGACUUCAGCGCAGCAUUGAAAAAUAGAGAAAGUAACUUGUUUAUUUUAUGUGGAACUCCUGAUGACAUCAUGGAUUUGAAGAACGGCUCUCUGGAUGCUGAUGCUCAUGUUACCUUUAUUCUCAUUGAUCUGUACAAUGAUCAAUAUUACCUUGAGUCAUCCAAUGAUGCUAUGAAGAAUGUCUUGGUCCUGACAAUGCCUAAUAUUCGCAAUUACAACAUAACCUCCAAUAAUACGAUGAAUGAUUAUAUUGCUGCAUAUCAUGAUGCAGUGUUUCUAUUCGGGCAAGUGAUGAGGCAAAUUUGGAAGACUCCUGUCAUGGAUGUAGAGAGUGUCAACAUUAGCUAUUUCAGAAAUGUGUCAUUUAAAGGAAUUGCAGGAGAUUAUAUGUUAGAUGAAUAUGGGGAUAGAGAUGUGGUGUUUUCGGUGAUUUACACCAACACCAACAAUGAGUACAAAGUUCUGUAUACUUUUGACACCAGCACUAAUAAAACAACACUGGUCGACAACAAUCCUUCAUUCAUCUGGCCUGAACAGCAACUUCCUUAUGAUCGAAUUCAUGCUAAUAACCCAGGUCUGCCGAUGAAGUAUAUUGUUAUCAUAUCACUGGCCUCCCUUGUGUUGGUUGCGAUAGCCACAGUUGCAUUUGUCUUUUAUUGGCAGAACAGGUCAUACCGCCAUAAACAGAAGCAAUGGUCCCACAUACCCGUAGAGCUCAUUACCCCUGUAAAGUCCAGUGAGAGGAAUUUGGUGUCCCUAAAGAUUGAUGAGGAUACCUGGAAAGAUACAAGACAGAAGAUUCGCAGAGCACGCUAUGAUAAAAAGGUCGUUAUCCUUAAGGAGUUGAAGCAUUCUGAUUUCUACUUCAGUGAAAGCCAGAGAAUAGCACUUAAUGCACUAUUACAAAUAGAUUAUUACAACCUAAUAAAAUUCUAUGGUACGGUAAAAAUUGAUCAAGAGGUUCUUGGAGUAUUUGAGUAUGGUGAGCGAGGAUCUCUGAGGUAUGUACUUAAUGAUAGGAUUUCAUACCCAGAGGAGACCUUCAUGGACUGGGAGUUCAAAAUUUCUGUUAUGUAUGACAUUGCAAAGGGCAUGUCCUAUCUUCACUCAAGCCACAUUGAAGUCCAUGGCCAUCUGAAGUCCACCAACUGUGUCAUAGAUAAUCGUAUGGUAGUGAAAAUUACUGGCUUUGGUUUUAAUACUAUCCUCAGUCCAGACAGAGAUCUGUGGACUGCUCCAGAGCAUUUACGCAACGAGGGCAUUUCUCAGAAGGGAGAUGUUUAUAGUUUUGCCAUAAUUGCACAGGAAAUCAUGCUGAGAAAGUGCACUUUCUACACCAAGGCCUGUUCUGACAAAGCUGAAAAGUUGGUCCGUGUUCAGUAUCCCAGAAGGCUGAGUUUUUUCAGGCCAGAUCUAAACUUUGAAACUCCAAGUGAAAAAGAAUUGGAGGUGUACUUGCUUAUCAAAUCCUGUUGGGAUGAAGACCCUGAGAAAAGACCAGAUUUCAAAAAGAUUGAAAGCACUUUGGGAAAGAUUGUCAGUCCACACAACCAGGCCAAUGAGAAUUACAUGGGGAAUCUGAUUCGGCGGCUACAGAUGUAUUCCCGUAACCUAGAGCACCUGGUGGAAGAGCGCACAGCUUUGUACAAGGCAGAGAGAGAUAGAGCGGACAAUCUCAACUUUAUGCUUCUUCCAGGCCCAGUGGUACGUGCUCUGAAGGAGACUGGCAUUGUGCAGCCUGAGCUGUUUGAUGAGGCCACUAUCUACUUUAGUGAUAUUGUGGGUUUCACCACACUUUGCCAAUACAGCACCCCCAUGGAGGUGGUGGACAUGCUCAAUGACAUUUACAAAAACUUUGACAGCAUCCUCGACCAUCAUGAUGUUUACAAGGUGGAGACAAUUGGUGAUGCGUACAUGGUGGUGUCAGGUCUCCCACGGCGCAAUGGAGACAGACAUGUGAUGGAUAUUUGCCAUAUGGCACUGGACAUCCUUUCCUUCAUGGGCACUUUUGAGUUGCGCCACCUGCCUGGUUUGCCUGUAUGGAUCCGUAUAGGGGUGCAUUCAGGCCCUUGUGCUGCAGGUGUCGUGGGUCUUAAGAUGCCCAGAUACUGUCUGUUUGGAGACACAGUGAACACUGCCUCUCGCAUGGAGUCUACAGGAUUACCUUUGAGAAUCCAUGUAAGUCAGUCAACGAUCAACAUUAUUGAGCGGGCUGACUGCAAAUUUGAAUACACAAAGCGAGGAGAGACAUAUUUGAAGGGUAAAGGCAAAGAGACAACAUACUGGUUAACAGGAGUUACUGGACAAAACUACAACCUGCCUACUCCCCCAACAGCUGAAAACUUCCAGCGUCUGCAGCAAGACCUGGCAGAGAUGAUAAAGUGUUGUCUGGAGCAACGGUCCCCAAGUCUUAAGAAGAGAAAGACGCUUUCAACACGUCAGAGGAAGCUCAGAGGUCAAUUAGAGCUGACUGAUAGUGAGCAGCCUGAGUACUUCCACCUCGCUACUGUAGACAACCUUAGUACAUUCCUGUAACCUGUAAAAAUGUUUGUUCCAUGUUUAUUGCAGAAUAUUGUAUAUAAUCUAUAUUUCACUAUCGGUAGGUAACUAUUGAUUUGCCUUAUUUUUGUAUGCCAUUUGAAAUGUAUGUUUUGUACUUUUUUUACUCUUAGGUUAUAGUAUGUGCCUGUAUUCCAUUUGUAAGUGUGAACUUCUGUGAACAAUUUUAAAGCAUGCAUUUUUUUUACUUACCAAAUGUUGUAAGGGAGAGGUAGUUAUUAAAUUGUUCUCUAUAACUCUUCAUUAGAAUCUCAUUAUACCAAGUUUUUUUUGUCAGACCACAUCACACCAUUUUCAAUAAAACAACAAAGCUAAA